AUGCUCUCAAUAUUGGUCACCAUGGGCUUUCUCUGCACAGCCACUGCCAUUGCUGAAGUAAUGGAAGUGACUCAGCCAGCAAUUGUGCUGGCCAACAGGCAAGGAGUUGCCAGCUUGGUGUGUAAAUACAAGAACAUCGGGAAUGCAAAGGAAAUUCGAGUGACUUUGCUUAAACAGAUUGGUGACCAGAUCACAGAAAUCUGCGCUUCAUCAUACACUACGGAGUUUAAAACAUUCUUUGUGAAAAAGGUCAUUCAGUGCCAUGUUACGCCCGGCCAAAACAAUGUGACCCUCACGCUGGCUGGCCUGCAAGCAAAUGACACCGGGCUUUACAUUUGCAAGAUGGAGCGGAUGUACCCCCCACCCUAUUUUAUGAACAAGGGAAAUGGCACGCAUCUCUAUGUCCUUGAUCCAGAACCUUGUCCAGACCCUGCCAUAUAUCUCUGGGUAUUAGGAGCUACUGCCUCAGGAUUUUUUCUUUACAGUAUCAUCAUCUCAGCCAUUCUUGUGGGCAAAGCGAUAAAGAGAAGACGAUGUCUCACUACUGGAGUCUAUGUGAAAAUGCCUUCUGAAAAGCUAGAAAAAAAGGUGAUUCCAUUCCACAUCACUGUUAACUAUAACAAGGAAAGAGAGAAACCAUUUCCUAGCUGGGAUGGAGAGUCUAAUAAUUCAUUUCAGUUAAAGAAAUAA